CAAACGAAACUCUGCUUCGCACUCUACUGAGUUAUUGUAGCUUGCAUGGUGCAAGUGGAGGUGGUUUGGCAUCAGUCCGUAUGGAGUUGGUUUUGUUGCUGCAAGAGUUGCAGCAGGAGAAAACACAACAGCAGUUAUUGUCACCUUUGCCUUUCCCAACAACUUUGCCAUUACUUUCUGCUAGUGUAGCUUGCAACAAGACUGUAGUGGCAGACCCUGUGCGUCAUUUGCAGGCUCAAGCCCACGAUAUGCUGCAAACCAUAAUUGAUUUCCGCAGCCCUCCCAUGUUAACUCGAUCAAAGUUCAGCCAUGUAUUUGUUUUACGUGACCUGUCAGUUGCUCUAUCAGCUUGCAUCUAUCAGUCUUUGUGUGAUUCUGAUACUUUCAGUGUGAAGCACCAUACAGACACAUUCCAAAGCACAGGAAUGGAAACAUUGGCAAGGUUGAAUGUUGUUUAUCCCAACAGUCAUUUGAUAGCAGGAAAUGCCAGGCGUCGAAGGUACUCAACUGAUGAACCAUUGCAAGUCACAACCAUACCAUCAAAAUGGCCUGGAGUCACAAAUCUGCGGGCUCUUCUAGCCAGAGAUAAAGAUGAAGACACUCCGCGACUGAAUAUUUUGUUGUGCGAAGCAUUUGUUGCCACUUACAUGAGUCUGAUUACUUAUGCUACAGCCACCUGUGAUUCACAUAUUCUCUACCGUCUGGCUGGUCAAAACUUUAGCAAUUUUACAUGGGCAAACUUAUUUGGAGGAGGUGUUAAAAAAUUGUUAAGAGUAGCCCAAAGUACAGCCUCUCAAUCUGUUGGUAGUACUAAUACAAGUCUGGAAAGAGAACAAAGCGUUUCAAGUGAGGGUAGUGUGUGGACUUCAAUCACCAAGCAGCGAGCUCGCUUGAACAUGAAACUUUUGGGUCAGUUUGGGAGUCAGUCAGGAACUCCUCAAAUGAAAGAAGAUAAACCUACAUACAGAGAGCAAUUUGUUUCUCCUGAGAUGUCAAUGCUCUCAUACUUUUUGAACAAGCCUCAGCUGAAAGAAGAUGCAGAUGAAGUUGAUUAUGACUCUGCAGAUUCUGCUGUUAGUGACUUAAGUGAAACAGAAGAUGAAGAUGAUGAUAAUAUUUUUGAUGGCACAAGUGCAGCUCAAAGAGAAAAACAGAAAAACAAAGAACGCGAAAAUGUAGAACACUCUAAUCCUAAUUCAUACAGUUGGUGUGUACUUCGUCUCGCUGUUAUGAAAAUUGUGCAAUGCCAACUCCAAGAGUUUCUAAACAUUGCUGGCAUAGAGUUGCAAGAACUGCCUGUAUGCAGCCCAUUGAUUCAUGGAGUUUUACGUGCUGUCAAUCAAUGGAUUGAUUGCCUAAGAGAUGAACUUGAUACCCGUGGUCCUGCUCCAGUUGAUUACAUUCCUGGUUGUUAUGUGGAAUCUACAGCCACUGGUCCUGCUAUCCAUAAAUAUCGGUCUCUUUUAGAUAAAAGUAACACCCCUUUCAAUUCACGUCACAUAUCAGCUGCUCCUGCACGGCGCUUAUGGAGUUUCCUUGUAAGACAGGAGGCUGUUCAAGAAAUCUUUAUUCGUUGUGUGUUUGGUAAGAAGAGAUCUAUGUCAACUCUCCUUGAUGGAGGACACCACAUGUCUGAUGGCAGUCCUGCAUUACGUGGUGGAGGAAACUCCUCAGAUGAUAACAAAGGAGCCACCACUGUUGAUUCAGCCGGCAACCCACUACCAGAACCCGUUCGCAUUAUUCACAAGGAGCAAGAUUCUAUUUCUGCAUUCUGCCUUAACCAGGUUAACGCUGGACUUUUGGCUCUGGCUACUCCUAGGGAAGUACAGGAAAUGGAUAUUUCACUUUUGUUGGAAUUACCUUCAUGGCUUGAAGAUGAGUGUGAAUUUGACAUAAUAAAUCUCAACAAGGAGCCAGAAACACUACCUGCUUCAAGUUUCCUUGUCAUUCAAACUGCUGCUGAUAGGCCGCACUUGUCACAAACCUCCCCAGCAAUACAGAACUAUCAGCAACCAGCAAGUCCUCAGCCCGGCAUUGCUGGCCAAUCAGGGCGUGGAGCAUCUGUGAUGAAGGGCCUCAACUUCCCAGGGUCUCAUGACCCCAAGUUUUGUCAGUGGGUGAUCGACCGUAGUCGACACUUAUUGAAACCGGUAAUGAAACACAAGGUAGAUGGAAUUCGGCGUUUGAGUGCCCAUCCAUUGCUUCCAUUAUAUCUUACUGGCUCUCAAGACGGCUCAGUUCAGAUGUGGGAGUGGGGCCAUGCACAACCUGUCUCUGUUCCACGGUCUCCUGGAACAUUUGCUAAAGUUACUCGCGUGCGCUUCUCAGAACACGGUAACAAGUUUGGAGUUGCAGAUGGAGAUGGCAACCUUAGUUUGUGGCAAAUAGGAUUACAAUCUAAUGCAAGUCGCCCUUUCUUUACAUACCAAUGUCACAGUAAAGUGACAAGUGAUUUUGUGUUUCUUGGUGCGUGUAGUUUGGUUGCAACUGCAGGCCACAGCUCAGAGAGUAAGAAUGUUGCAUUGUGGGAUACUCUUUUGCCUCAAAAGAAAUCACUGUUAGCUGUGUUCAACUGCCAUGAUCAAGGAGCUUCCAGCCUUGUGUAUGCGCCUCAACAUCAACUGCUUAUUUCUGCUGGCAAAAAAGGUGAUGUUUGUAUAUUUGACGUUCGCCAACGCUUGAUGAGACAUCGUUUCCAAGCUCAUGAUUCAGCUGUAAAAUGCCUGGCUAUUGACCCUGGUGAAGAAUUCUUUGUGACUGGAUCAGCUGAUGGGGACAUAAAGGUUUGGGGACUCUCUGUUCAUCAACAAUUGUACAACUUCCCAGGAGAGCAUGCUCGCUCAAGUUUCUUCAAAAAUAUCGGCCAAGGUGUAACACAACUAAAAGUUGAUGGAUGUGGACGUUUAUUCUCUUGUGGGGCAGAUGGCUCUAUGAAGGUGCGUCAACUUCCUGAAAGAGAAUGCUCUAUUGUGCAAAGUCUGUAUUAGAAAGCAAAUUUGCGGUAAUGUUAGAUAUGAUACAAAUAUUCAAUGCUUAUAAGACAAAACUUUCUGUUAGACACAUCAGUAUGCCAUGAAAUUAAAGCAAUUUUCAUUUUUUGUUUCUUUUAAAAAUGAUUAAAGCCAUAUCUUUCAGUUUACUAGAAUGGUAAGAAGGGUCAGUGGACAUGUUUCCAAACUGCAGUAUUAGAGUGAAUUAUAACCUUUCUAUGCCACUGUAGCUACAAUUUUGUAUUAUAUGUAAUUCAGUAUAAAUAAUGUUUGAGUAUUGCUGCGGAGGAUGAACUUCAUGUUUGAAGCUGUAUGUAAUGUAUGUAGUCUGUUCCCUUUCCUCUAAACACGGAGGCCUAGUCUAUUAUUUAAUUUUGCUUGUCCAGAAUGAUUGCUCCAAAAUUCUUAAAUGUAGCAUGCAUUGCUGUGUCUAUCGAGAUAUGUUCUCAUUCCACAGUACUGUACUUAGUAUUAAAACUACGUUUGGAAAAAAAAUCCCAACAAAACUACAAAUUUGAAUCUGUUUUUAUAUUUUUGGAGGGCAGAAGCAUUGGAACAUAAUAAAUAGCUGCUUGUAAAUCUUAUUUCUAUUGAUAUUUGGUUAUGUCCAUCACAGUUCAUCUGGCUAGCCUUCUCUAGACUAUGCUGUGUACUUCUGGACAUUUUUAUUACAACCAACUUAGCUGAAUUUUGAGCUUAAAGUACAUUAGGAUAGGAACUCAAAGAAUUUUGAAAAGAGCAAUUAAUUGCUGUUGUUUUGUGUGUUUGGGAUUUUAUUGUGUGUAAAAUGGUACGUUCACCUGUGAUUAUAUAUGAUUUUAUUUAUUAUGACCUGAAAUUAUGCCAUUGUUCUAAAUAUUAAGUUUAUUAACAAGUGAAGGAGUCAUGAUUUCCUCCAACUUGUUAUUUUUAUAAUGAGGACUUAAUAUAUUUCAUGAAGCUGCCUUUUCAAGCACUUACUACUGUAGCCUUUUACUUAAUACGUUGAUUAUUCACUCUCACAUGUAUUCUGCAUCCUUCAUCAGAUUUGAUGGACGGUGUGUUACAUUUUGUUUCUUAUCUAAUCACCUUAAAUUAAUUGUAAUCAAUUGUUGUCAAAGUAAUGGCUUUAUAAUAUCCUAUCUCAUUUGGUAGUCAGUUGUUUGUUGAACUGCCUGUAGGUUGUACUGGCAUUUAUUGAAUUAAAAACUAAAUAAGAAGUAUGACAGAUUCACUGCUCAACUGCCACCAUAUAUGGUCUGCAGGUUGUUCAAAACUUUUGUUUCUAUGCUUAUGUGCCCCAAUGGAUUGAAAUGCAGUAACUAAAUAUUUUUGCCCGUUAUUCAUAUAUAUGUUUAUAGCUACGGUAAUUUAAAUAAUCAUGCCAGGACUCUUGUGUCCACUAAAACUUACACAUUAUCUUGAGGACAAUAUUUUGAAAAAAGAUGUUAAAGGUAUAUUUCGAAGCUUUGAUUUAAAUUGUAUUUUACAAAAGUAGUCUUUAUCGUACGCAGCAACAUAAAUAAGUUAAAGAGCUGAAAAGAAAGUGGCACAUACAAGCAAAGAAGUAACUCCCAUGUGAAGGUGUGGUGUGGCACACUCAGUGAUCUGACCACAUUUUACGUACCAUGAAAUUUAUUAUACUAGAUUUUAUUUAUUUAAGAUAAAUGUGAUGAUUUCUUGCCUUUCAUCAGUUGUAAUAUCGUAGUUUCAGGUGUUCUGUGCUUUUUGUUUAUUCUCUCAAGGGAACUGUAUGGAUUAUUGUUGGCUCUAUUGAGUUUAAAUUUUCAACCUACUUGUCUGUUGUUUACUUAUCUGUUAUGCAAUCUAACAUUUUAUGUCUUCAUAAAAUGGUUUGUGCUUGAUGCUUGAUCUCUUUAAAUAAGAUCACAAUCAGCCAUAGUCUUGGUCAGACAGUCAUAGACAAAUAUUCAGGGGGAGUUGCAUCAAUUUUUGAGCAUAUAUGAAAUGUAUAUAUUUGUGUGUUAAUGUGAGCUUGAAGAAAAGGGAUUGUCAGAUAUUUCUAGUCUAUUCUGUUUUGAUGGUGGUCCUGCACUGUAAAAGCUGAUUUUGAAAUCACUUGACUUAAGCUAAACUUUAUCAAUCUAAAUACUUCUGAAAGAAAAUAAGGUGAACUUUUACAUUUUUGGUUCUAGCACGGAGUAAAAGUAACUUUUACUUUUUCCUGGGUUCCAGGUAGAAAAAAGCAGGACUGUGAAACACCCUCACUCCUAUUAGGGGUCAAUGCUUUUCCUAAACCAUCAUUGGGACCAUCCUUGUGUUGUCACAGAUUUUGUUUGCAAAGCAGUAAAUGAAAUGUUUUUUUCACUCUCCGUUACUGUUUGAAAAAUUCAGUGCCCCUGCUGUGCGGAUAACAAUCUCAAAAAUGACAAAAAUGUCUGCCCGAUCUGGAAAUUUGCUGUCUUGAAUGUUACAAUUUUGAUUAAUAUUACCAAAGUGAUACUGUAUGUCAUUUGUGUUAAACUGCUUUUUCAUAUCACAAUUAAAUGAUUGGUACACACGUUGUUCAUACGGUUAGCACUCUGUAGACCUUCAAAUUUGACUGCCAUUAUUGUUUUGACUUUCUAGUCUCAUUGGGUAAAGCAUUGCAUCAACAAUCCCUCUUUCUAUUCUCUCAAGUCUGGCCUGAUAUAAUUGGGUUGGUCACACAUCUUCCUCUUUUAAACCUUUUGUCUGUUCAGACCACAAAUACAAAAACCACAGUCCCCAAAAACUUACUUAUGAAUAUUUAAAAAAAAGUCUGAGUUUGAGUGUUUUUCCAAACAACAACAGAAAAAGCACAGUGCAGGAUCUAUGUUACCUUCAAAGUAACAGUUCUUGUAGGUUCCUCAUUAAUGAGUUUUUAGCUCCUUUACGUCGGACCUCAACAAAACAUUAACAAGACUCCUUUUUCUUACCAAAGCAAUAGAUUAUUGUGUAUCAUUGUUGUUCUGUUAUGCCUCACAAAUAGGUGAGGUACUAUAUAUCAUUUAAUUACUUUGUUUUUUAGUCAUAGUCUCCCACACAUGUUUGAAAGGUAAGGUAUCUAGUGAAAUGAGAAAGUAUUUAAUGUAAUUGAGUUUAUAUUGUAUUAAUAUAUGAAAGCACCGAAAUAAAUGCCAUGUUUAAAAUUA